AUGGCCCCCGGCCACAUGAUCCCCAUGCUAGACAUAGCCAAACUAUUCUCACAUUUUGGAGUCCAAACCACAUUCAUAUCCACCUUCGGCAACGCUCCCCUUGUUGAAACAAGCAUAAACCACUUCAACUCCACCAACUCCUCCAACCCUUCAAUAAAACUAGUACUCAUCCAAUUCCCCUCAGCCGAAGCCGGUCUCCCCGUCGGCUGCGAGAAUGCCUCAUAUCUCACUUCAAUUGACAUGCUCGUCAGCUUCCACAAAGCAGUCGCUAUGCUCCGGCAACAUUUCGACCAACUCCUUGAACAACUCCUCCCUGACGCUGUCUUCAGUGACUAUUUCUUACCCUGGACAUUGGAUUCCGCAUAUAUUGUGAUGCUUUUUAAUACAUGGACGUUCGCUGUGUGCGCUGCGUACAACGUUGAUCAUUACGACCCCCACUCUAGGCCAGAAGAGUCCUUCAUUGUGCCUGACCUCCCUCAUCCAAUCCACAUUCUCAAAUCUCAAGUCCACAAUCUCUUGAAAACAGACCCGAGGAUAAUGAAGAUCAUGCUUGCGGCUGAUGAGUCUGAUGAGAAGAGUUAUGGUGCAGUGAUGAACAGCUUCUACGAACUUGAACCAGACUAUGUUGAUUACUACAGGAAUGUAUGUUGUAAAAUGUAG